CGGACACCUACGCGGCGCUGGUAUUUAAUUUUCUUCAAUCAGAGAUUUCGAAACCCUAGUCGAUUUCGAGAUCCAACCAACUCUGCUCCAUAUCUCAGCUUGUAGAAUUUGCCAAGUAUGGGAGAUGCUAGAGACAACGAAGCCUACGAGGAGGAGCUCUUGGACUAUGAAGAAGAAGACGAGAAGGUUCCAGAUUCUGGAAACAAAGUUAACGGCGAAGCCGUGAAAAAAGGUUACGUGGGAAUACACAGUUCUGGAUUCAGAGACUUCCUGUUGAAGCCAGAGCUUCUCAGAGCAAUUGUUGACUCAGGAUUUGAACAUCCAUCUGAAGGUAAUAAACGCUAUUUCAAUCUAAAUUUGGAGUGAGCUUAAACAUGUGCUAAAGCCACCAAUUUAAAAGAUACGGAGGUUAUCAUCUACUUACAAAGGGUAUCUUCGGUGCAAUUUUCUUUGGUUCUCUACUAGUGCAACAUGAAUGUAUCCCUCAAGCUAUCUUGGGCAUGGAUGUUAUCUGCCAAGCAAAGUCUGGUAUGGGGAAGACUGCUGUGUUUGUCCUGUCUACUCUUCAACAGAUUGAACCGUCUCCUGGCCAGGUUUCAGCACUUGUCUUGUGCCAUACAAGAGAGCUAGCUUACCAGAUCUGUAAUGAGUUUGUGCGAUUCAGUACCUAUCUGCCUGAUACAAAGGUUUCAGUGUUCUAUGGUGGAGUCAACAUUAAAAUUCACAAAGACUUGCUGAAGAAUGAAUGUCCUCACAUUGUUGUUGGUACCCCUGGUCGGGUGCUUGCACUGGCCAGGGACAAAGAUCUCUCUUUGAAGAAUGUGAGGCAUUUUAUUCUUGAUGAGUGUGAUAAAAUGCUCGAGUCACUUGACAUGCGAAGGGAUGUGCAGGAGAUUUUCAAGAUGACUCCUCAUGACAAACAAGUAAUGAUGUUCUCAGCAACUCUCAGCAAAGAGAUACGCCCAGUCUGCAAGAAAUUUAUGCAAGAUCCAAUGGAAAUAUAUGUUGAUGAUGAAGCCAAGUUGACUCUUCAUGGACUUGUCCAGCACUACAUCAAACUGAGCGAGAUGGAGAAAAACCGCAAGUUGAAUGACCUUCUUGAUGCCUUGGACUUCAAUCAAGUUGUCAUAUUUGUGAAGAGCGUGAGCAGAGCUGCGGAGCUGAACAAGUUACUGGUGGAAUGCAAUUUCCCCUCAAUAUGCAUCCACUCUGGCAUGUCCCAAGAAGAGAGGUUGACUCGAUACAAAAGUUUCAAGGAAGGGCACAAGAGGAUCCUUGUCGCGACUGACUUGGUAGGAAGAGGCAUUGACAUUGAGCGUGUCAACAUUGUUAUCAACUAUGACAUGCCAGAUUCUGCUGAUACAUAUCUUCACAGGGUUGGGAGAGCUGGUAGAUUUGGAACCAAGGGUCUUGCAAUCACAUUUGUUGCAUCUGCUUCAGAUUCAGAGGUUCUUAAUCAGGUACAAGAGAGGUUUGAGGUCGAUAUAAAGGAGCUUCCUGAGCAGAUUGAUACAUCCACUUACAUGCCGUCUUAAACAAGUAGCAUCAUCUCUCAGGAAAGAACCUCUUCAGAUUUCAACCUUGUAGGUGUUCAAAGGGGUCAUGGAGGUCCACAACUAUCUCUCACUCUGUUUGUUGCUUCUAUUUUAGUCUUUCUAUGAGGACAAGUUUUCCCAGAUAUUUAGACCGUUUUGUAACUCUUUUAAGAAUGAGAUUGAGCCACUCUCCAAUUCGCAAAGUUAAGAGCUCUCCUGUUUUUUGUACUAGUGAUGAUGGUUAUGUUUAAAAUAUUAAGAUUUCAUGAUUUAGUCUUUGGCUUGAUCA